UGAAACUGUUGAGCUAAAGAGAGAAUCAAAUUUAGUUACUGACUUUGAUCAGUUAAAUUAUAUUUUUCAGAUAGGUGUUAUCUGUCUUUCAAUGAAGAGUCUGUUUUCCGUCUUUAUAUGUUAUAUUUUAUUAUUUAAGCCAUUCUUCUUGUUCAGCCCCGCCACCCUCGCCCAUCGCAUUUAUUUCUUUAAUCAAAGAGAAAACUGAUCAAUGAUUGGCCCUCAGGUGACAUGUGACCUAUUGCUGUUGACUUACUACCUGGAAGAGUCAACUUCUCCAUACCUGGUUGUUCACUGUGAAGGUUAGGCGGGCACUCGCUCUUGGGCUGAGAGCAUCAAUUUCAGAUAUUUUAAAGGCUGGACAUUUUUAUCCUCUUUUAGCAAUGACAAAACACAGGAGGCUUGGAUGGCAAAAAAUAUUUCUGAUAUUCACAGCACUUCCCUGCUGCUGGAGUAUGCAGGUUUCUAUUCCAGAGAGAGAAUAUGAGGUUGCAAGCGGGGGUGACAUUACCUUGACAUGUUCCUUCGUCCCAGCCAGACCAGACUUCACUGCACUCGUCCUCACAUGGGAAGCUUACCCUUACAACAUCAAUGAUGCAAUUAAAUCCGUUGCCACCUACUUUUUAAACAAUCCGGUUGACAUUGCACCUGCUUAUGAAGGCAGAGCCUUUAUGGAGGUUGACAUCGUCAGAAAAGUGAGCACACUCCGCUUAACAAAGGUGACCGUACAGGACAGCCGCCGUUACCGAUGCAGUGUUAAGGUCCCCAAUGAUGAUGAGGGAACAACAGCUGCCACCACUUCCCUUUUGGUCCUGGUGGCUCCCUCUACGCCAAUUUGCAAGAUUCAGGGAAAAGCAGAGUACUUUCAAAACAUCACCCUCACCUGCCUGUCUGAGGAGGGAUCCCCAAAACCUGUGUCUGAAUGGAGGAGCUACAGUGUGGACAAUACUCCCAGAACAUUUCCACCUAAGACAACCGAAACGGAUGGAGCUCUAUCUCUCUUCAAUAUUUCAAGAGAAAUGUCUGGGUUCUACAUUUGCACAUCAACAAAUCGAAUUGGUUCUGCCAGCUGUAACAUUACCUUAGCCGUGAUGCCUGGCAGCAUGAACGUUGGGUCUACUGCAGCUAUAAUAGGAGGAGUCCUCGCAGGUGUUGUAGUCCUGGGGAUUCUCAUCUUCUGUUGCUGCUGUAAAAAGGACAAAAAGGAAAAGUAUGCUGAAGGUUCCCCCGGAGAAGUGGAGUUUUAUGACGACAAUGCUCCUGAAGCUGAGCAGUACUGGGACGACAAGUCAAAUAGCAAGACAAAGCAGUUCGACCAGCAUGAAGAGAAAAAUAUUGUUCCUCAAAACAGCUCCAGUAUAACAGCUGGACAUAAGUUUGAGGAGGACCAACACAGUUAUAUUAGUGGUAAAGAAAAGUAUGAUGGUAAGGACAGUGAUAUUGAGUCUCAACAUGACCAGGACGACCAGCGUGAUCUCCGUCGUGGAAGCCGUGAUCGUCUUGAUGAUCAACGUGACCGUUAUGGCGGCAGUCGUGAUCGCCUAGACGAUAAACGUGACCGUUAUGGCGGCAGUCGUGAUCGCCUUGACGAUAAAUGUGACCGUUAUGGUGGCAGUCGUGAUCGCCUUGACGAUCAACGUGACCGUUAUGGAGGCAGUCGUGAUAGGCUUGACGAUCAACGUGACCGUUAUGGAGGCAGUCGUGAUAGGCUUGACGAUCAACGUGACCGUUACGGCGACAGUCGUGAUAGGCUUGACGAUCAACGUGACCGUUAUGGCGGCAGUCGUGACAGGCUUGAUGAGCAAUGCCAACGCUACGGUGGCAGUCGUGAUCGCCUUGACGAGCAACGCGGACGCUACGGUGGCAGUCGUGACAGGCUUGACGAGCAACGCGGACGCUACGGUGGCAGUUGUGACAGGCUUGAUGAGCAACGCGAACGCUACGGUGGCAGUCGUGAUCGCCUUGAAGACCACAGCAAUCGCUAACGCAACAGUCGUGAUAAUCUUCUGAACUCAGUAAUAACUAUGGUGGCAGCCGUGAUCGCCUCAAUUACACAGACGAUGAAUACAGAAACUGAUAUGAAUAACCUUGUGUUACUGAAUGUUUCCUAAAAAUCUUUUUGUUUUCAUUUUUUUCAUGCACUUAAAGUUAUUGUACUGGGUUUUUGGAUUGGCUUAGUGUCUGGUCUCGUUAUAAAGAGACACAGCAAAAUUAAUUUGUGUAUCCUUGAAAAUGCCCUAAAAGAUAUUAAAGGUAUUUAAACAGUAACAUGGGGAACAUGGAAAAUUAGAAAUGAAGUCUUGUCUCUAAUAUAAGCCUGUCCCACAUAAAGGUCUGGUUCUCCCUCCUGCUGAGGUCAAUAAAGGCCACUGUUUGAGAACUAGUGGUGUGACUGUCUACUAAAGUACUGCAGUUGAUCUAGCUGGCUUAUUUCGCUCCACUAAGUGAAUCCACUAAUGCCAAUGAUUCAAUUAAAGUGAUUUUUUGUCUGAAACUGUGGUAAUUAAUGCUGGUCUGAAAAGGAGUUGAGAAAUACACCAGGCAACCUUCCUGCAACACUAAAUAGGCUUCAACCAAACCAAGUCAAAUUAGUAACUACUCACUCUGCCUGUGUUUAAAUUGUCAUCCAUUUUUAAUGUUUGUAGUUGUAGAUAAAUUUCACCAGUAAACUGGUAACAGCCUUUGGUGUAGCUGCCCCUAACCUGUGGAACAACUUGCCAUUCCCCAUCAGAACUGCCCCAACUCUCAAAUGCUUUAAAUCAUUGUUAAAAUCACAUCUCUUUUCUUUGGCAUUUCCUUCGAGUUAAGGCAGUUAUUAUCCUAGGCAAUUUUAUUAUCAUUAUAUAUCAUAUAGUCUAUGAUAUAAUAAAUAUAUAAAGUACUAUAAAUUCUAAUUAAUGUUUUAUUGCUGUAAAUUUACUUUGUAAUUACUGUUUUAUUGUUGUAUGUUUACCCUAUCAAGCACCAACCUUGGUUGUUUUAAGUGUGCUUUAUAAAAAAAAGUUGAUGUUGAUAUAUUAACAUAGUGUACAUUCUAUGGUUACCUGAAAAUCCUUAGGUGGCUAAAAUGUUUAUUAAAAACUGUGUUUGAGAUGUCCUGAUGAAUGGACAGUUAAUUGUAAUCAGUUAUAUUCUAUGGUCAAAGUAUUAACAGACUGAAGAACUUCCUCUCAACAUCAAUGUAUAUUAAUGUUCUGUGCAUAAACUAGGACUGUUUGAUCAGUUCUCACCAUUCAGAGCAGAACUUUAGACCAUACUGAUAACUCUGGAUGCUCCAACUUUUGAUGGGACAUUUUCAAAUAUCUACCAUGGAGACCAUUAAAAUAAAUAAUAAUAAUUAAAAUCUAUACCAAUAGUUUUGUCAGGUUGAAAUCAGAAUAUGUAAGCUUUCUGAUUCAUUUGUAUUUGAUGUAAAUAACAUAAUGUUACCUGCAUGAUAAAAUCAGCUAAAAUCUUUUUAAAUCCCUCUUAGCACUGAUAUUGUUUUAACAUGAAAACUUGCCUUUACCUGAAUCUUAAUAAAUGUAAGCUGGUCAUGAAACACACUCCGAUCAUUAAUACAUUUAAAGCUCACAUAUUCAGGCCAGCUGUCUACUGCAGUAAUUUGGUAAUUUGGACACAGUUAUAUUCUUUUGAAAUUCCACUAUAUAAUUUGUAUAUUUAACCUGUAAUUUGUUGCUAAAACUAACAGUGCCUCAGCUGCACCUUAACCAGAUUUACAUCUAGUUUAAAACUUAUUUUUAAUGUGUGUGGGAAAACCUGUUUGUAUAUGUUAAUGUAUUUUUGCUUUGGCAUUUCUUUAAUUUGGGGUGAAAGUAUAUGAUUGAUUUUUUUUUUUUUACUUAAAGUGAUCAUUUGUAACAUCUGUGCAACUUUUUAUUCGUGUUUUUGUGUGAUAAAUGAUUUCCCCUGGAAUGUAAGAACUGCAUUGUUUUGAUAUGAACAUCGUAUAAAGAAAGGGGGUCAAAAGUU